AGCUGCUGCUUUCCUGGAAGGGCUGCUGAGGGAUCAGUCUUUGCUCUGCCUCCAGCUGCCCGGGGCCCGAAUCCCUUUGCAUGCUCUCCUGCUGGAGGCUCCCGCCCAGCCUUCCUCCUCCUCCCUUCCUCAAGGAGAUUUCGGGGGGCAAACCCCGACAUCCCCCCCUCCCCCGGGCUCCGUCUCCCGCCGCCUUUCAGAUUUAAAACAAUGCAAUCAAGAAGCUUUUGGCUAUUCCUUCUAUUACUUGAAGUUUUCUUGUUGACUGCUUGGGGAUGGAUGGAAUCAAACAGGAGCAGGCAACUUUAUUCAGAUGCUGGGAGGCUAACACAAGAGGGAAUCAGAAACUUUGAAGUCACAAGAAGAAAAGUACUCUAUGGACAAGAUGGCCUCCAUGCAUCAUGUGAAAAGAAGUAUUGUGGUCGAGGCAGUAAGUGUGUUGUGAACAAGGAGACUGACAAACCUGAAUGUAGAUGCAUAGAUAACUGUAAAUCUAGUUACAUGCCUGUGUGUGGAUCUGAUGGCAAAUUCUAUGAAAAUCACUGUGAACUCCACCGAGCUUCAUGCUUGCAAAGGAAGAAAAUCUACAUUAUUCACAGCAAAGACUGCUUCUUCAAAGGGGAUGCAUGUACAAUGGCAGACUACAGUCAACUGAAAGGUAUCCUUCUGGACCUUCAAUCUCAUCACCAGGGGCAGCAAAACUACCCAGCAGAGGAGAGAAUCCAAAAGCGGCUCUUAGUUGAAGACCUGUUUAACCACCUGGAUCUAAAUGGUGAUGGACACCUCAGCAGUUCUGAAUUGGCUCUGCAGAUGAAAAGGGAAGAUCUGGACGAUGAUUUAUUGGAUUGUACACCAGAAGAUCUGCUCCGUUUUGAUGAUUACAACAAUGAUGGCUAUCUAACUCUACAAGAACUCUAUACUGCAUUUCAGGUGGUCCAGCUAACACUUUCUGAAGAACAGAAGGUCAGCAUUACCACAGUAACAGUUGGGCUAAGUACUGUACUGACUUGUGCUAUCCGUGGACCUCUGAGGCCUCCAAUCAUCUGGAAACGCAAUGGAGUCAUGCUGAACUUUUUAGAUUUGGAGGAUAUCAAUGAUUUUGGAGAUGAUGAUUCUCUUUACAUCACCAAGGUAACAACUAUUCAUAUGGGCAAGUACACGUGUCAUGCCUAUGGCUAUGAAGAACUGUAUCAGACCCACAUUCUUCAGGUGAAUGUGCCACCAGUGAUUCGUGUAUAUCCUGAAACCCAGGCUCAAGAACCUGGAGUUUCAGCAAGCCUCAAAUGCCAUGCUGAGGGCAUUCCAAACCCCAAAAUUUCCUGGCUGAAGAAUGGUAUAGGUGUUGUGCCAAAAGUAUCCAAGCAACUGAUGCUGUUAGCAAAUGGAAGUGAGCUUCACAUUAGCAGUGUUCGGUAUGAAGACACAGGGGCCUAUACUUGCAUUGCUAAAAAUGAAGUGGGUGUUGAUGAAGACAUUUCUUCUCUAUUCAUUGAAGAUUCAGCUAGAAAGACACUUGCAAACAUACUGUGGCGAGAGGAAGGUCUCAGUGUGGGAAACAUGUUCUAUGUCUUUUCUGAUGAUGGAAUUACAAUAAUUCAGCCAGCUGACUGUGAAAUCCAGAGACACAUCAAACCAAAUGAGAAAAUUUUCACCAGUUAUGUAGAAAUCUGUCCUAGAGUUGAAAGUGAAGCCAUUCAAACCUGCCUCUGGGCUUCUGCUGUCAAUGUCAGAGACAAAUAUAUUUAUGUAACACAGCCUAAGUGGAAUAGAAUAAUGAUCCUAGAUAUCCAGACUCAGAAAGUCAUUCAGUCCAUGGAUGUUGACCCUCUACCAGUAAAAUUACAUUAUGAUAAGUCACAUGACCAAAUUUGGGUACUUAGCUGGGGGAAUAUGAGGAAAUCCCAUCCAACACUGCAGGUGAUACCAGAGGCAAGUACAGGUGAGAAUCAGCAUAUUAUCCGCACUCAUCUGAGUGGAAUGGAUGAUUACUUUAUUCCGCAUACGAAUCUGAUUAUCAACCACAUCAGAUUUGGUUUCAUCUUUAACAAGUCAAAACCUGAAGUUCACAAGAUCGAUCUGGAGACUGUGGCUCACAUUAAGACUAUCAGCUUCAAAAACUACAGCUGCUUGCCCCAAGCAAUGGCCUAUACCCACCUGGGUGGCUACUUCUUCGUCCAAUGCAAAAUGAAUUCAUCAGUAUCAAUAACUCCACAGCUUAUAAUUGACAGUGUUACAGAUUCUGUUAUCGGGCCCAACCAUGACAUAACUGGUACUCCUUACAUCUCCCCUGAUGGACGCUAUUUGGUCAGCACAGAUGAACACACCAGGAGGAUCAGAGUCCAGGCAAUAACAAUCCAAGGGGAAAUCAAGUUGAUUUAUGACUUACAAACCACUAUGCACAUAUCUGAUCUGACAUUUCAGUCCUCUUUCACCGAAGGCAAUCAGUAUUAUAUAUAUGCUACUUCACAUUUGCAAACAGAUGUGCUUUUUGUAGAGCUGUCAACAGGGAAAAUGGACAUCUUGAAGAAUUUAAAAGACCCUAUCCAAUCCAAAGAAUGGCCCUGGAGCAGCUACAACAGAAUUAUCCAGGACAGUGGAUUAUUUGGGCAGUACCUUAUCACACCAGCAAAGGAUUCACUAUUUAUAAUCAAUGGGAGACAAAAUACAUUACGCUGUGAGGUUUCAGGUAUCAAGAGGGGCAACACAGUGGUUUGGGUUGGAGAUGUAUGAAAGGUCAAAAAAAAAAGAACAGAACUGUCAGAAAACUAAAAUAUUGAUUGGACUUUUAACUGCAAAAAAAGGAUAAUAAUAAUAAUUAUAAAAUGCAGUAGCAUUGUAUAUUUUUACACUGAGGGGGAAACUGUAUUAGCUUCAUGGUGCAACACUGGCCAACAUGCAAGAUUUAUAACUUAAAAUAUCCUCUGCUUAUAUGACUUGGUUAUGCUGGGAAUUUGUGUGGACUUAACAGCUUGAGUUAUGGAAUGUAUACUGGAAAAAGGAAUCAUUACUCCAGUUGAGUUGGUAUCAUCCACAUUCCUUGGUGAUUCUAUACAACAACACUUUUGAGUUGAAAAGCUGAUAAAUCUUUAACUCCUGUCUAGAUUAUUAGUAUUCAUUUUGUUUUUCCAAAAAAAAAAAACAUUUCUUUAGUGUCUGCCAUGUUGUGGCAUUGAAUCAGGCCUGUAGCUUAGAUAUUUCCACUGGAGAACUUUACACAUUUACAUACUUUGUUGAAAACUCAGUGUCAAUCUCAAAAGCUUUUUAAAGCUUUUUUUUUUUUUAAAAAAGACCUUAUUGAUAUAAAUUUUAACUAUAAUAAUUGCCAAGUCAGGAAAUAUAAGUAUUCAAACAGAUCAUAUUCUAACAAACAGCCCUACACAAAACAUAUGCAUUCAGACUAAGAAGGUAAGUUGGUCAAAUUUAGACUAUUCUUAUCUGUCAUUUCUAUCUAUGUUGCUUCUAAAUAUACCAGGGAUGGCAGUUCAAACUCAGUGCCCUCCAACAGCUACAGGCCUCUACUGAAGACAUUGCUAUUAAUCACGAAGAGGAAAGUGAAAUGUUAAAAUCAUGGUUGUGAAAAAGCAUGAGUUAAUUGUUAUAGAAAUCAACACUGAAAAUUCAAGGAGAUUGGAAAUAAAUAUUGGGUUGAUCCAAAGUUAGUCAUAUGUAGAAAGAUCCCUUUAAACUAAUGGGACUUGGUUCCAUUGAGACUGAGUUUUAACUCUCAUUAAUUUCAACAGACCUACUUUAAGCUUGACUAAAUCUCGAUCAAACCCAUGGAUUCUUCAUUGGGAAACACAAUUCAAGCAAUCCAACAUGACUUUUGAAACCAAGCAUAACAAUUCUAUACUGUCAGUCUUUUUUCUCUGCCCUGUCCCAUGCACCUGCACAUGUGGGUAGAAACACCAUUUCCCCUUAAGAUAUAGGAACACAACAUUCAGUUUUUUAUGAAAUGUUUGUAAAAAAAAUAGUAGAGGAGUGGUGGGUUUGAAAGCCAGAAAACAAAUGGGCAAAUAUGCAAAUAUCUUCUAUGUAAUCAGGAAAGAGAGAGUUUUAAUUUAUUUUUGAAACAGCAGCAGCCUUACAAAGUGUGCAAAAUGAACUGCUAUUUUAGCAGUCAGGACAAUAAGCAGUGCUGUUUCCAGUGUAGAAAGAAACAUUUCCAGAAAUCAUUUAUUCCCCUUCAUUAAAAAUUUACCAUUACUUGAAGUAAUUGGGUUCUUCAUAAAAAACAAUAGCUAUGUCUUGAAAAGCACUCUUUUCAGUAGCAUAUUUUUAUGCAGAAAACUUUUAGCUUUUAUAUAAAUCAGACACUUAAUUCACAUCUGUCAUCCAAGACCCUGGAAAGAAAAGAUUGAUUUUGUUUGAUUUUUUGCUGCUGCUGAUCAUAUUUGUCUCUCAUUUGUGGGUGUUCCAUUUAUACUCAAUUAUCAUUCCAUUAUGAAAAAGCAGAGUAAUCUUUUUUUUAAAAAUAAUUAAAAUAUACCCAAUGAUAUAAUACCCGAUGCCAAGAAAUGUAUGUUGGUUUGCCAUAAAAUGUAUAACCAUCUGCACAUUUAAAAUUAUGUCAAAUCAGUGUAUCAUAUUAAAGUUGGAAAGGUCACCUAAUCACAGUUGAAAAACAUGUAGAAAUAGAACAAAAAUGGUGAUGAAAUGCAAAAAUAGAUCGAGGUCCAACUCCACUGUCAUGUAAGCCACUGGAAUUCACACUAUCUUUCUUCAGAGUUCGUACAGAUAUUUUAAAGUUAGUUCAGAUGAACAUUUUAAGAGCAAUGUUUGUUACAUCACAGCAACUGGUGGGUCACUAAAAAACCUCCAAAUCUGACCUAUUGUCUUGAUAUGUGUUUGUUGACUGGGACUAAUACAAAGGCAUUUACCAGCAUACAUGGUUAUACCAUGUAUUUCAUCAUGAAGUGGAUUCAGACAUCUUCCCCAGCCGAACAUUCAAAAAAAGAUGAUGGGGUUGUGGGACAGCACAUGCUGUUUACAAAUCCAGUGCACGCAUGAGAAGAAUCAACCAGGAAUGGAAGAGCUUUACAUUUAGGCCAAAUGUAGGUGGACUCCAUUUUUACACACGCUGAAUAUGUGGGUGUGAGUGGUGGUAGAGGAUGAAUGCUGGAGACAUUGACAGCUGGGAUGAAAUCGGCCCAGAUCAUCCCAUGUCCUCUUUACAUGUCCUUUGUUGUUGUUGUUAUUAUUAUUAUUAUUAAACUUUAUUUCUAGAG